AUGGAAACUAGAAAUUAUACAACUAUAACAGAGUUCUUUAUUUUGGGGUUAACAGAAGAUCCUACAGCUUGUGUCAUUUUAUUUGUUGUGUUUCUAGGAAUCUAUGUUGUCACUUUAAUGGGAAAUAUCAGCAUAAUCUGGCUAAUUAGAAGCAGUCUUCAGCUUCAUACUCCCAUGUACCUUUUUCUCUAUCCUUUGGCUCUUGUAGACAUUGGGUCCUCUUCAUCUGUCACUCCUGUCAUGCUGAUGAGCUUCUUGAAGGAGCAACCUUCUCUCCCUGUUGCUGGCUGUGUAGCUCAACUCUGUUCUGUGGUCACGUUCGGGACAGCUGAGUGCUUCCUGCUGGCUGCCAUGGCCUAUGAUCGCUAUGUGGCCAUCUGCUCACCUCUGCUCUAUUCCACUCACAUGUCCCCCAGGAUCUGUAUUCUCUUAGCGGGGACAUCUUAUCUAGGUGGGUGUGUGAAUGCUUGGACAUUUACUAGCUGUUUAUUAAGUCUGUCCUUUUGUGGGCCAAAUAAAGUCAAUCACUUUUUCUGUGACUAUUCACCACUUCUGAAGCUUUCUUGUUCUCAUGAUUCUAAUUCUGAAAUCAUUCCAGCCAUCUCUUCUGGCUCCAUCAUUGUGCUUACAAUGUUUAUCAUAGGUGUCUCAUAUGUCUACAUCCUCAUCACUGUCCUAAGGAUGCGCUCCAGCAAGGGCCGUCACAAGGCCUUCUCCACAUGCACCUCCCACCUUACUGCAGUCACUCUGUUCUACGGGUCCAUUACUUUCAUUUAUGUGAUGCCUAAGUCCACCUACUCAACUGACCAGAACAAGGUGGUGUCUGUGUUUUACACAGUGGUGAUCCCCAUGUUGAACCCCCUUAUUUACAGUCUGAGGAAUAAGGAGGUAAAAGAGGCGAUGAGAAAAUUGAUGGCUAGAACACAGUGGUGGUAUUGA